CUGAUAUAAAAGUAGUACUCCUAAAAAGUUCAUGCCAACAAUAUUUCGAAUGCAGCGGAAAUGAGGUUUUUCCAUCCCAUACCGAGCCAAUAAUGUCAUGCCACCAACCUUUCAAAAUAAAAUAGCUCCCUUUUCGGGCCUGUCAGUACCUUUCCCCUCCUUUGUGUGUGUUCUUGUAUGCUCGUCUUCACGUUUUGCGUUGCAGGAAUCUACGCAUGCUUCCUCACAUGGGGCGUCAUCCAAGAAAGAGUGAGCACCACACCGUACGGUGACAACGAUGCACCAGAGAAAUUCCGUUACUUUAUCUUUCUCAAUCUGAUCCAGUCCGUGAUCGCCGCCAUUGUGUCAUUCAUCUACGUCAAGGUCAGCGGACGACACCUCAACCUGACAACUUCUCCUCGUGCACUCUACGUUAAAUACGCACAAGUUGCAUUUACCAACUGUACUGGAUCGCCCUUUGGCUAUGCAGCACUCAAACAUAUCGACUACCCGACCAUGAUUCUGGGCAAAUCGUGUAAACUGAUCCCGGUCAUGUUUAUGAACUUGGUUGUCUACCGGAGGAAAUUUCCAUUGUACAAGUACGUCUGUGUCAUGUUGAUUACGGCCGGCGUUUCGAUGUUUAUGCUGUAUCAUCAAGUUGAGGGAGGCAGUAGCAAGAAGGCGGCGGCUGCCAAUUCGUUGUGGGGUCUGUUUUUGCUUGGCACCAAUCUUGCUAUUGAUGGCUUGACCAACGCGACUCAGGAUCAGAUUUUCCAUGACUAUGGCCAGUAUGUCAGUGGCCAACACAUGAUGUUCUUUAUGAAUGCCAUUGGCUCGAUUUACUCGCUGGCAUUCCUUGUUUUGAAUCCUUACAACGACGAACUCAGUUUGGCGAUCCGGUUCUGCCAAACCCAUCCAGCUGUCAUCCGCGAUGUACUUUUGUUUGGUCUCUGCGGUGCAGUGGGCCAAUGCUUUAUUUUUUAUACUCUCCAAGAAUACGGCAGUUUGCGUUUGGUGACGGUGACGGUGACACGAAAGCUGUUUACAAUGCUGUUGAGUGUGUUUUGGUUCAAUCAUAAGCUCUCGUUGGGUCAAUGGCUCGGUGUUGCUUUAGUGUUCCUGGCGAUUGGCAUUGAGGCGUAUAUAAAAAAGCUGGAAUCGGCUCGACUUAAGAAAACGUUCAAGCCAAGUGAAAAGGACAAAGGAUUAGCAACUAUUGCUGAGAAGCCUCCCAAGAAAGUAGAAUAGGCCUUUUGCUUGCUACCUAGAGAUACCGUUUCAUAUAUAUUUCACAUUUACAUCCCAUUCUUCCAAUAUUACACACGCAUCAUGACUUUCCACCUCCGCCCGAC